CUUUGGUGGGUUACCAUGAAACCUUGUCUGUCCUUGUCUUUAGUGGGGAGUGUUCCCUCGCAUCCCCUGACACGAGGGGGUGGGCUGAAGCUGUGGCUGUGUGAGUUGUGGCUCCUACUGAUGGGCUCUGGUUUGAAAGCCAAAUUCCUGCCUCAUGAAGAGGAUGUGGACUUUAUCAAUGAGUACGUGAAUCUCCACAAUGAUAUCCGAGGCUCCGUCUUCCCCGCAGGGUCUAACCUGCGCUUCAUGACUUGGGAUGUAGCUUUAUCCCGUACUGCUAGAGCAUGGGGGAAGAAGUGUGUGUAUCAGCGUAAUACUCAUCUAGACAAAGCACAUGAGUCCCAUCCCGUAUUUAAUGGUAUUGGUGAAAACAUGUGGGUUGGCCCUGAAAAUGAAUUUACCGCAAGUCUCGCCAUUCAAAGCUGGCAUGAAGAAAAGAAAAGUUAUAACUUUCAAAAUGACACUUGCGUUGAGGACAACGACUGUUCUCAUUAUAUUCAGCUUGUUUGGGACAACUCCUACAAAGUUGGUUGUGCUGUUACUCCAUGUCAAAGAAUUGGAAAUAUCCACUUUGCAGCACUUUUCAUAUGCAACUAUGCACCAGGAGGAACGCUGACAAGGAGGCCUUAUCAAGCAGGGGCAGUUUGUUCCCGGUGUGGCAAUGCCGACAGAUGCACAGACUUCCUAUGCAGUAAUGCAGAUCGUGACCAAGCUACGUAUUACCAGUUCUGGUACCCACCUUGGGAAGUGCCCCGCCCACUCGUUUGUGAUCCUCUGUGCAUAUUCACCAUUUUCCUGAGAGGGGCGUGUUUUGUGCUGUGCAUCGUCGUUGUUCUUGUAAUACAGUCCCGGUUUCCAGAUAUCUAUUCCGAAAAGCAGAUGCUGUCUGCGAGUAAAACAUUUUCAACAGAGGAGGAAAUGAAGAGCGUGGAAGAAGAAAGCGAGUCGGAGGAGGCCAGUGAGGAAGAGGAAGAUGAAAGCUAGAGAGAGGAUGACCUAACAGAAGCCAAAGCCCAAUAGAAAAAAAAAUACCAAAGCAUUGAAAAUAGAAUGCUGAACUUUUAGAAGAAAAUAUACAAACGUCAAUUGUAAUAUUUUUCCAUUUUUCUAUACUUAUUUAACAAAUUUAAGUUGGAAAGCACAGUGUGAAUUGAAAGCUUGCAUUGUACAGAAAAUAUUAAGCUCUUCAAGAUAGAUAACCACCACAACAAAAGGUUGACUCAAAGUUCUUUGUGGUAUCUGAUAGAAAGAGGCACUAUUUAUAUCUCCAUCUCUCUGUGUAGCCUUUUUAUAUGUGUUAACAAGUAUCUGAAGUAUCUACAGUUAAUUAAAUCAGCCACAUAAAUAAGAUGCUUAGAACCACUCCCUCCAAGUUUAGAAUAGUCAUUUGAUAAAUAUUAGCUUGGUCUUACUAUUAUUAUUAUAAUUAACAGUGGUAGUGUAUGUGAUAUUUCCAUAUGAUAUCAAAACAUAAAAUGUUGUUUAUGUAUAUUUGUGAAACAGUUUCUUUGACACUGUUAGAAAAUAAAAUAUAUAAUUCCUA